GCAUUUUAAAUAUUCCUUCUAGCUGGCUAUUUUGGACCAUUAUGCUUAAAACUCCAAUUGUCAUAAUAAGCUACAGCCAAUUCCUUUAAAUGUCCAAAUUCAAUUUCACUCCCAGAUCCAUACUUUUUCACAACCAUAUAUACAAAUCUCACUAUACUCCGAGCAAUUGAUUAUUUUUUUGUCAAUUCUCGAUCAGUGAGAAUUUAUAUAUACCUGAUUCUAACUUAAGUGGAAUUGAGACGUAACUGUUAUUGUUGUUGUUGAACAAAAAGAUCUUGCUUACAAUGGAUGUGAAGAAUUGGUACAGAAGCUUUAGCACAAGAAGCAGAAGUAUUCGACUAGGAAGUAAGCAUCAUGAUGAUAUUGAAGGAGUGAACGAAUCAUUUCCUAAAAGAAGCAGAAGUAUUCGACUAGGAAGUAAGGAUCAAGAUGAUAUUGAAGGAGUGAAAGAAUCAUUUCCUAAAAGUGGAGGUAGCAAAAGAUCCAUUUGGAAAAAUUUGUGGAAGAAAUGGUCAAAAGAGAAGAAGGAAAAGAAGAAAUCAAGGCUUGAGAGUUCUAGGUCUGUGCAUGUUCAAGUUCCUUGUUAUGAUGAAUACACUUACUCACAGAAUUUUGACAAAGGCUUCAGUUUGGAUGAACCUGAUCAUCUUUUCAAAUCAUUCUCUGUUCGUUAUGCUGAUCCAUCUAAACUCCUUUUGAAGUGAUUAAGAGAUAUAUAAAUCAAGUAAUUAGUGACAAUGCAAGCAGGAGCUUCUUAAUCUCCUUGGGCAGGUUUUGUUCUUUAAAUUUUGGAUUAAUGUGGGAGCUUCAUGCAUGCAUAUUUAAUAGUGCCUUUUAAUGGAUUUGCUACUUACAUAAGCUAGCUACGGUGUAGGCAACAUUAGAAUCAACAACUGAACUUGUAUGACUAAGUUUGAGGCUGUAUCUAAGAAUUUACUUCAUGAUGCAAAGUGGUCUAAGUAUAUAAAAUCUAUACAAUUAUGUACUACAUAUACUAUAUAAAGAUGUUCUUUAUACUAUAUGUUCUAUUGUUUGCAAAGAGUUUUACUUUAGCACUUUUUCUCCUUUUAGGAGAAA